AUGAGUAAACAGGCUGAAGAGGACUACAGAGCCUUGGAGCUGUACCUUAUACAGGCUGAGGAGGAAAUAGGUUUGACUCUCUCUGGUACAUUCAGCCCACAGGACUUCAGUUUACAGUCACCUGAGGAUCCCCAUGGAAACAACAACAAUGAUGUGUGUAACAGUGACCUUACAGGAUCCUCUAGUUCGCAUGACAGCCACCUUGACAUUGAGUCAAACAGUACAUCCAUCAGCUAUCCGAACAAAGGGGAGAUAACUGAUGUCAAUAAGCUUGAUUUACCUGGGCAAACUGUAGAUUCUGGAUAUUCAAGCCAGCAUAGCAAUGAUCUUGAAAAUGACCUCAACAUCACUAAUACUACUUCUCCUAUCGGUUAUCAGUAUCAAGGGGAGAUAACCUUAGACAGUAAACAUGACCUGACAGAGUUGGCAGUGGACUCAAGUCCACUCAGUGGUCUGGCUGAACAGGCGCGUUCUGUUGAUAAACAUAGAAACAAAACACGAGCUGGCGAUUAUCACACAAACAAGACGUCGCUGGAUGGUUAUCACUACAUACCUGAGAUAAGCGAUGUAGACAACUACUGUUUCGGUGACAAAGACCUGGUGUGCAGCAGCGUGGAGUUUGGUGAUAACCAAGAUUUUGGAACGCCAAGUAGGCGUGGCGGGUCCUUACAUGAUAACAACUGGAAUCUCAAGGAAUUAACUGCAGCCAUUGCCGAGGAAAUACGGGUCCCAGAGGCUGACAGGAAACAACAAAAUGGGGAUACAAAAACCGACUCAGAAAAGUUAAAGGUCAUUCUCGGGGAAUGGAAUGAUGCUUCAAAUGAUUCUUCAUCGUUAGAAGAAGAUUCUGAGCCUGUAGCAAAGUGUAACUUGGAAGAUUCAGUGUCAUUACUAAGUGAUGUCAGUUCUGAUGCAGUUUCCUUAGAGACCUCUGAAUUUGAUGAAAAGUCGCCAUGUGUUGAACGGCUGAGGUCACAAAGUGCAAAUGAAUGUCAAACUGGAGUCGACUUACACAAUAAAAAAUCAACUGCAAAUUCUCAAGAAGAUCAAAAUCUCUCUGAAGAUGUCAAUGUUCUUUCAGAAGAGAAAUUUACUCAGAAAUGUGAAAGUGAAAUUACUGUAAUAGAUGAAAAUAUUCCAAACAAGAAAUCAACAGAAACUUCCUCAAAGUCAACUUCAUGUAUUACAGAAACAAGCAAAGAAGAAUUCAGUGACUUUUCUAAAAUAAAAAAUGAUUUAACUUCAAAUAUAGUGAAACCUCUUGAAGAAUCAGUUUGUUUGAUAUCACAACCAUGUACUGCAAUAGAGGAUUCUAUUGGUAAUGAUUCCAAACCACCAGAUUGUAAAGCAUCAGUAGAACAUUCUACUGUGGACCCUGUGUAUUCGCCUAGUCUUCAGUGUAACAACUCUACUGGAGAUUCUGUGCAUUCUCCUUGUUUAGAGAAUAACAAUUCUAUUGUAGAUUCAGGGUGUUUUACUGGUCCAGAAUAUAACAAUUCUAAUAUAAAUUCUAUGUGUUCUUCUGGUCCAGAAAAUAACAAUUCUACUCUGGACUCUGUAUGCUUGUCUGCUCUAGAGAAUAGAAAUUCCACAGAGGAUUCUGAGUGUUUACCUCGUCUUCAGAAUAGCAACUCAAUUGUGGAUUCUGUAUGUUUACCUGAACAACAGAUUAGUGACCCUACUACUGAUGUUUCGUGUUCGCUCAAUAUACAGAACAGUUCUACUGUAGAUCGUGUAUAUUCACUUAGUCAGCAGAAUACUAGCUCGUCUUUGGACCCUGUGUGUUCUACUCUGGACCCUGUGUGUUCUACUGUGGACCCCGUGUGUCCACUAGGUCUGGAAAAUAACAACCCUGAUGAGGAUUUAGAUGAUUCUCUGUUGGAUAAAACCCUUAUGAAUAUUCCGGUUGGUGAUGAAUUCCGAGUCGAAUCGGUAGAUUUACCCGUUGUAAGACACCGAGAUGAAGUAAAGGAUAGCGUAACCAUUCAAGACAUUAGACAAAUACCAAACACUGCGUUAGUAGACUACAGUAAGACACGACCAGGAUUUAUUGCGGACAGCGUAUUGUCGCCUGUCGAGGAGGAUUCUAGUAUUCCUGAAUUGUGUUCUCCUGAUGUUGAUGCUUCUGGAAAAAAUGUGAAUGACACCUCUCAUCUCGCUGAUUACACCAACAUCAUACCAUCAGAUGGUCGGGACUUUUGUAAGAGUGACAGUCAUAUUGACAGAAAAAUUUACGAUGAAAUUCAUGUCGAAGAAGUGAGCCAAUCACCGUCUCAUACUUCUUCUUCAGACCAGACUGAAGGGGAUAUCGGUAGAUGUAGCACCCCAACUUCCUUUCCUUCGGUUGAUCGUACAGAGCAAAUUAUUAGCCUCACUUUGAAUCAACACCGAAUACUCAGACGAUCGAAAACACUGCCAAACUUUUCACCGUCAAAAAAACAGAAGUUGAAUAGUUCUGUAGCAGUAGAUGACCAUCAGAAUACCUCAUACAAAGGAGGGAAUUAUGUGUUCAGGGACAGUUACUUGCACGGAUCUACAAGUUCCUCUCCUGGGGGUCUAUUAGUCACUGAUAUAGAUGACCCAACACCAGUGUUCAAAGUCCAGAAGCAAACGCUAUCAACAACAGCUGUGCAGACGUCAUUUGAUGAUGGUAGCAACCCUUCGAGUCCUAAGCAUGCAGGAAAUCUGUCACAGAGUCAACAAAUCAGCAUAGGCACCAAUACUACUGAUUCACUAGAAAGGCCAAAGACUCGAGCAAAACGACUUGAGAGACUCCAGCAGAAGGAGGUGUCCAAUACUGCCACGACAGAAAUCUUCUUUGAUUCCAGUAAGGUACAAGUUGCACCAGCAUGUAAUGUGAGCGCUCUACCAGCUAAUCAUAUCGCUGCUGUUCCUAAGCAUAUGCCAGUGAAAAACAUGACCACAAUUUCACAAAGUCAUGUGACUAGUGUCCCAGCCAGUCAUGUUGCUGAUGAUAACGUAACACCAACAAAUCAUGUGACUGGUAUGUCGAUAAAUCAUGUGACUGUCACACCAUUCACUCAUGUGACAAAAGUUUCUUCUUCAAAUCAUGUUCCUGUUAUUCCCUCAAGUCAUGCAACUGUCAACCAAACUUCAGUUCACGAUAAAACCAAACAUGUCAGCCAUUUUACACCAAAACCAAAAUUACCAACAAUGGAACCUGCUACUUCAUUAUCAGUUAUCUCCCCUGUCAAGUCACCUGUCCCUAAGCCAUCCAACUUUCCCGAAAAUUUCCAACCAAAAUCACAGCUAGGAUAUAUGAUUCAUGACGAAUCUCCUGAAAUGCAAGUUGUUGUUAAUGCUACCAGCCCUGUGUUGUUAAGACGUAAACCUUCCAGCAGCAGAAACAAGCAACGUGAUAUAGCCAGGAAAGAAUUGGAGAUGUAUGCCAACGACACUGAAUAUUCAGAAGUAAACAAAAAAUCAAAAUUCAUGGAUAAAGACAUGUCUAAAACAUGGGAUGGAGUGUCACGAAAAAAGUGGAAACAGUACUAUGCCCCGAUAAUGCAGUCCAUGCUUCAAAAUGACGCUACUACUGAUGAAAAUUGCAAUGUGAAAUUCGGGUCGCAAAGCCUCCAACAAAAAACUCUUUUAGAUCAAAUGCACAAGAAGUAUUGUGCAUAUCAAUAUGAAAAAGGGCUGGAUAUCCCCUGUCUGGUUCCCCAAACACUUACACUUAAACCUAGCCCCCCUCCUCCAGACAGGAUGAGGUCAAGAUCAUGGCUACUCAAAAACUACGCAAUCACUUUGCCUGACACGUCAGGUAGUUCCAAGGUCAACUCCACAACUAGCCCAAAGACAGAUUCAACAAAAAGUGGUUCAGUUCCAGGUUCACCUACCCUGCCUCCUUCAAGAGAUGGGACACUGAAGAGACAGAAAUCUGAUGACCACCAAACAUAUUCCACAGACAGCUCAAGGGACACAACUCCUACUGCUCAGCUUUCUCCAACCACUCCAGAAUCUGAUGGCGACCUGAAAUUACAGCCUGGGAAAGGUGAUGCAGAAAUUGAAGCUGUCCAAGCAUGCAGAUGGCUGAAGGAGGCUGGUUUUCCACAAUACGCCCAAAUGUAUGAUGAUGGUCAUUUUCCUGUGAACAUCGCUUCAGUAGAAAAAGAACAUGACUUCUUGGAGAAGGACUCUCUGCAGCCUCUAGUUAGGAGGCUGAAUACCCUAAACAAGUGUGCAAUAAUGCGAGUGAGCACCCCAACUACUAAAAAAGGGGGUGAAGAUUCUGACGACGAGGACCAAUGCGCCUUGAGUGAUAAAUGGAAGUACCAAUACAAUAUUCGACGUUGGUCAAGGAAGGACUUUAACAGCCCAACCUCUGAAGACCAGAACACGCUGGUAAAAUCCAGCUCCAGUAAUGACAGUCUCUUGACUGAUCAGAACAGUAACAGUGAAACAGAUAACAGUCCUGUUCUGGACACCAAGGUCUAUCAUACCAAAGGUCAAACCAAUGAUGACUACUUUGGGGUGAAGACGUCAACACCUAUAAAUAACAAGGACAGUAUGUCAUCGUCAGUGACAAGUCCAAGUUUGAGACGAGCAGCCAGUGAAAGAAUCAAAGGUGCUAAAAACUUCCUCAAGCGAGUCGAGAGCUUGAAAAAUAAUCGGAAAACAAAACGCAUUGGAAACAAGAAUGGAACCGCCGUGGAAAUUAGUGAACCUGUGAUCAUGGACAGUGCAAAUAUGAAGGAAAAAAUAAAGCAUUUAAAUUGUAAAGACUUGAGUCCUUCUUCAGAAAAUGGACCAAGUUCUCCAGAAAGUGGAUUAGACCGGGAAACAGCAAUGAUGAAUUCAGGGGAUGUAACUCCAACAUCUCCAGAGCCAUGGUCAGAUGAAACAACCAACUACAAGGUGCCAAAUGCUAAUGUCAAGACCCCAUCAGGGUCAUUGUCACUGCAGGAGCUCUCAGAUAUUGAAAGCGUUUUGCAGACGACAUCAACAUUUUCGACUUCAAGUAUGGAUAGUGAUGAACCUUUACUUGGGAGUUCACCAAGAAAACAUUUCUCAGUGCGGAGAAACCACAGCGAAAACAAUUUAACAGACGGUAAUAAUUAUGAAUUGCCGCUAAAUCGACCAGGACGAUUUCCUAAAGAGCUGAGUUCUAGCUAUAGUGGACAUGGUGUAAAGCACCGGACGGGUAGUUGUAAUUUGGGUAGAGAUAAGUUAAGCAGUUCGGACUCUUGUACACCAGUGGUCAGACGGCGAGGUUCAGCUGACCCAAGACUGGCUGGACAUCGAACCAGUUACUAUGACAAUGUGAAAGAGGAAGAAGACCUACAGUCAACACAGAAGGAACUUGAUCUGAUUCUCCAUCGACUGUUUCAAGAUAUUAAUGGCUUGAACAAAGCCAUCUAUGGAGAAGAUGCUGCUGAUGUAGAACUCCCUCCUUCACUCCAAACUAGUUUAAAUCUCACCAGCCUUGACCUUGAGGAUAGCCAGGUCAACAGUGGCAUCAAUUCCAGUGACUUUGACCCUGACAAUGAUGUCACAAGUGGUACAGUGUCCUCACCAGAGAGCAGUGAUCAUGACAUUCCAUGUGAAGACAUGUCCCAUGAUGAUUCCACAGAACAAGUCAUCUACCGAGAGAGGCGGGACUCUGGGGUUGGCUCUUCCCUCACACGAACGCCUAGUGACCGGAGACGAUAUCGGAUACGCUGGCAUAGUUUUCAAAAGUCACAUCGACCCAGUUAUGGAAAUGAAAACAUUCAGUUAACUUGUCUAUCCAUCUGUCAACUGAUGGUCUUACAGAAACUUUCACUCAUCAAACUCACAGCACUCAUAGAAAAAUACUCUCCAAACCGGCCUGGCUGGAACUGGACGGUCCCUCGCUUCAUGAAGAGGCACAAAGUGCCUGACUACAAGGACAAGGUGGUUUUUGGCGUGCCUCUGUUAGUGACUCUACAGAGAACAGGGCAGCCCCUCCCCCAAUGUAUACUCCACGCAAUGCGCUACCUCCGCAAAACUUCUCCAGAAGCUGUUGGCAUCUUCCGAAAACCUGGUGUUAGGUCACGUAUUCAGAAACUGAAAAACGAACUUGAGGCAAAUCCAGAAAUGGUGUGUUUUGAAGAUGUGCAGGACUAUGAUGUUGCUGAUCUCCUGAAACAGUAUUUCCGAGACCUCCCUGAGUGUCUUCUUACCAACAAGCUCUCUGAGAUCUUUAUAAACAUCUUCAUCUACUUACCUACUGACCAGAGGGUUGAAGCUCUGCAGUCAUCUGUUCUCCUCCUCCCUGACGAGAACCGUGAGGUACUGGAAUCCCUCCUCCUCUUCUUAUCUGAUAUCUCCCAGCAUGCAUCAGAACACCAGAUGACGGCGAGUAACUUGGCUGUGUGUCUUGCACCUUCACUGUUCAUGGUUGGAGGCUCCAAGAUUGGAAGUCAGAGUCCCAGUCCUCGACGCCCUAGAAAAAAUCUUGGUGUUCCUGACACCCGUGAACUAAUGGAACAGAAAGCUGCACAUGAGUGUCUCACCACAAUGAUCGUGGAAUGUAAAAAGAUCUUCACAUUAUCUACGAGUACGUUGAACAAGUGUCGGUUCUCCUACAUAGAGCAGGGUAACCCUGUUACUAUGGAGGAGUAUACAAUGAGGUCGACUGAGGAUACCCCCGGAUACCAGUCUGAUGUGGAGACGUGUAUACAGGGGUUACAGAAGGAAUCUCAUGACAAAUUUCGUGGCUGGGUUUCCACAUCCUGUAGUCAUAGCAUUGAUGUAUCCUACAAGAAAGUUGCUGAUGGUCAUCCAUUGCGGCUUUGGAAGUUUCAAGUGGAUGUGGAAGCUCCUCCAGAUGUCGUUUUGGACAAGCUCAAGAAUGAGAGACAACAAUGGGAUGAGGAUUUACUGAAGUGGAGAUGUAUAGAGCAACUUGACCAACAGACUGAUGUGUUCCAGUACUCUCGUAAUUCCAUGCCACCACACCCCAGUCGAGACUUUGUUGUCCUCAGGUCUUGGAGGACAGACCUUCCCAAAGGUGCAUGUUGCCUGGUGUCAUUUUCGGUUGAGCACCCAAAAGCAGAGCUGCUCGGAGGUGUUCGGUCAGUGGAGCUGGCUUCACAUUUUCUGAUGGAACCAUGUGGCACCGGCAAGUCACGUAUAACACACAUCACCAGGGUAGACCUCAGAGGCCGAACGUCAGAGUGGUACAAGAGAUCUUUUGGAUACAUCACCUGUGGAAUGUUAGAAAGAAUCAAAGACUCAUUUAAACAGACCUUUGAAGGACCUGACCGGGAGUCAACCGUGUAGCAAGGUUACCACGGCAACGUGUCUUGUUACCUGUGAUACAUUUGACUGAAUGGUGAUAGACAAUGUGAUUGCCAUAGUGAUAUUUUUACCACAGAAAUGCCAACACACUUGAGUUCAUUUCGUUGGAGAUCUUCAGAGGAGUGUUAUGCUGCUAAAUACAGCCUGCCUCCAGGACGAAGGACAAUUGUUGACAAACUUCCAGUGAAACAAUGUAAAUCUCAAAUGGAAAUUCAAAUAGUGCUUAUCUGGAGUCAUAACAGAGAGAGACAAACAUACAAAUUCUUUGUGAAGGAGGUUUAGACUAAGCUUGUUGAAUAAUUCUAUAGUUGUAUAGAGGGUGUACAUUUGAAGUCUGUUGACAUUGCAGGUGCUGGCCAAAGAAUCGCCUCACUAUAGAGAGUGUACUAUUUAAAUUUAAUCACUUUGAGUGGUUGUUAUGGUGAGUGACCAUGAGUGUAGAUUGGGGUGGGUCAGGAAGCAGAUGAAAAUCUGAUAAACCUCAUUUUGUUAUGAUAUUUUUAAGUCAUUGCAUUUAUGAUAUUAGAUGACAGAAUUAUCUGUGUUGUUAUCGUCAGAUAUAUUUACCUGUAUCUGAAGUUGUUAACAGAUUAAACAAGGGGGUGUUUUAAAAGACCACAGCUCAUUUACUCUGGAGUAUUAUGGAAAUAUAAACUCAAAAAUUGAACACAUAUUGUUUGGAAAUAUAUAUAUAUAGUUGUUAGUUAAGAUUUUACCUCUAAAUCAAAUACUUGCAGUGUAAUCAGGUAAUGAAAUGGAAACCAAAAAAUAGUAAGAAACUUAUUCAAAUAAAGAAAUUCUCAUAUACAUUUUGUAUAACUGAAGCCGUGCUGGAAUCAAUAUAAAGGAAACAUGUACAUUAUAUGGUGUUCCCUGGAAUAAUGCUUUUUUAUAUGCUUAUUGUACAUCUACAAAACAGCAGUUUUCAUUGUACUUUUAGUAACAUACCAAAGACUAUUGACUAAGAUUGCUUUUGUUUCACAUGUAUUCACUUUGAAUUUCAAAAAUUGACAGCUAAGUGGUUGUUUGGAAUAUAUAUAUGUUGCUUACAGACUACAAAUACAUGUAUGCUACCGUACAUUUAAACUUAUUCGAUUGAACAAUCAAGUCAUAUUAACAACUGUUUGUAUGAUAAUAAGAUUAACGGAGGAUAUCAUUUGAUAUGAUUUAGUGGCAAAAAGAUAGUGUGUAACAUCUGUAUCACAGAUUAUCAAAACAAAGCAGUUUUAUAAUAUGUGGUUUACAACACUGAUAAAAAUCUGUUCCGAAAAUGAUAUUUGGUUUGAUAUCUAAACGUACAGUCAAAACAACUGGAUAGAAGAUCUACAAACAUUAUGCGAGAUCCAUUUUUUUUAAGUAUUGUAAUGUGCCACUUUUGUCUUUUUUCAUGGACAGACUUUUCAGUCAUUGUGUAUUGGAAUUUUUUUCUCAUUACUUGUUGAAAACAGUACUUUUAUCUGUCAUGUAUUGUGUAAACUUGGAGCUCUGAAGAAUUUGCAUUUAAUGUUGUAAGAAGUUGAAUUAGAAGUUAUUAGGGUAAAAGAUAAAUAAAUAACCAGAAUAGCAUUCUUAUGAUCGUACUCAAUAGCUGAAACGGUCGGCAUUAUCAUCCUAUCACCCCUGACAAGUUUCAUUUGGUAUUGUCUAAAUAGGACAGUCCAUUGGUAAUAUCAGGGGUGAAUUUUAACACAUACUCAAAAAUUUCUCAGGAUCAGAUAUUGGAACGGAUUGGGAGAUAAGUGGUUUGCAAAAGGCACAGUGAUAUUUUCCCUUUUUUUUUCUCUCACAGAUAUGUAGAUAAAUUGUUUAGAAAAAUUCCAUGUUUUUUUCGUUUCGUAGUACUUGUAUUUCAUUAAUUUAUUUUUAGUGUAAUGAAACUCAGGUUUGAAUAGAAAUGGCAAGUACGUCAUAAAAUGGUUCCCAUUCUGAAUCCCUAUAAAUGUUUGGUAAGAUUGUCCAUUUUCUUUUGUGUUCGUUCUCAUAUUAGACAUUUAGAGAGGUAUCAGAAUCUUCAGAUAGAUACUUGGAUUUUAAUGUUAGAGUCCCUUUACUUGCCAAUAAUAACAUAAUUCACUAAAACAUUUAUUUGAAAUUAGGAUGUUGUUAAAUCAAAUAUGGAUCACUGCCAUUGUACAAAAUUGUCUUUGACAUUCUGUCUGAAAAGAAACAUUUACAAUAGCAUCAUGAGAGACAGGUAAUUAUGAAAGAAAAAGAGCAAGGGGAAUAACUCUGGUAAAGUUAGAUAACUCUGGCCAAGAGAUUAUAUAUUUGGCCAAAGAUAGUAGUAUAAGUGAUAUAGUUGGAAUUUAUUCACAGGAUAGGGCUGGGACCAUAAUAAAGGGUUAUUCAAGAUAUUGUGUAGAGGUUUGUUAUUUUGUAUGCUUAAUGGGGGACCAAGAAAUGAUUUCGGAAGGAGUCAGAUUUUUUGAGGGAUUCACUGUAUUAUGUAUAUCAGAGAUAUACAGACAACAUUAAGGAACUCGCGCAAUAUAGUGCUGGGUUUGAGUGAUGACAAGGUAAAUUUAGCAUUACUAGUUAGAUAUUUUUAUUUUCAGUUCAGCAGCACAGAUUUCCACCUGGUGGAGAUUUGUUUUUCCUUUGAACUUUGGUGCUAGUCACAGUUUUGUUAAUGUAUCUGUGUUUUGUGGUAUUGAUGUUUAAGCAUUGUGCAAAUUUCUUAGUCCCAGUUCUUGUCUUGUGGUGUUAAUCCCCGGUUCCAGGCAAGUGCCUGCUGCAUAUUACUACCCUUAUUUUGGCAGUUGAUAUGGAAUCACAUCUCUAAAAAUAAAUUCUUUUUGUCGAAAUGUUUCCAAAUGCUGAAAAAAUUUUUUUAUUUUUCUUUAUUAUUGUUUUGUGUUUUUUUCCUAUUUCAACAUAAAAAGACAAUAUUCUUGAUCCUUUUCUUUUUUCUUCGCAAGCGAAAUUUAAAUUCAAAGAAAUUGGCAAAAUUCUUUACUAUUCCUGUCAAUGUUUAAUGUUAUUUUCUGUAUUCACUACAAUUUAUGAAAGUGAUGUAAGUAUAUACCAUGUGAUAUUCAGUGUAAUGUACAAGACCUGAGGCGACCAUAAUGUUUAUUAUUAUAAUAGAUUUAGACUGAUAUCAAAAGGUGCAAAGUAAAGGAGAAGUUUUCAACUAUAGACUGUAAUCCAAAGCUAUGUACCAUAUUCAUCACUACUAGUGCCUAUGUCUACACACCACGGCUAAAACAUUCAAUAAUUACCUCAAUUUCACUUACAAUCUAACAUUUAACACUAUUGAUAUAUUUAUAAAGUGCAAAGAAAAAGAGAGAAAAAAUUGGUAUCAACAGACAUCUGAUAUCUGCUAUUGAUCUGCAUUUUUUUUAAGCCUUUUUUUUUCUUUUUUGGAGGGGGGGGCUUAAGCAAUUAGUACAUGAAGAUUUGCUGUUCCAUUUAACACAAUACACAAAUAUUUUUUUUUUAUUUAUUUAUUUAAUGAUGUCUGUUUUGUCCUGCAACUCUGAUGUAAGAAAAUGGUGCACUUAAUUGAAAUCAUAAACUUGUUUAAGAUAACUUAUUCAUAAUUUUGACCCAAAUAACCAUUUCUAACUCUCACCUGAUCUCGCCUAAAAGAGGUCAAAGAAUAGGUAUUAAAGUAGUGUGUUGACAUAGACACUGGGCAGGUUGGGUAUGGUACACACACUGUUUAUGUGUUAUAUUGCCAGUAUAUUAGUUAAUGAUAUUGAUGUUAUCUACAUUCAUUACAUAUAUAUAUAUAUAUUGUUGCCAGAUGUAAUUUUGGUGUGUACCUCAGUGUCAGCUCUACAUAAUUCCUCGUAUCAUGUUAUUGUAUGCUACUAUUACAGUGAUAUCAUACGUCAUUGAUUCACUUACUAAACUCUAUAUAUUGACUUAAUAAAUAUGAUCUAAAAUAUAAA